UCCCUCCCUCCCUCCCUCCCUCCCUGCUUCCCUCCCUGCUGCCCCCAGAGGUCCGGCGCAGCCACCGGGUGACCUGCCGUGCCAGCCCCGCGGCCUCCGCGCUACCUGAGCCAAUGCUAGAUCUGGAGGUGGUGCCCGAGCGGUCUCUGGGGAACGAGCAAUGGGAGUUCACCUUGGGAAUGCCCCUGGCUCAGGCUGUAGCAAUCCUUCAGAAACACUGUCGCAUUAUCAAAAACGUCCAGGUUCUCUACAGUGAGCAGUCACCUCUUAGCCAUGACCUCAUCCUUAACCUGACUCAGGAUGGAAUCAAACUGCUGUUUGAUGCUUUCAAUCAGAGACUUAAGGUGAUUGAAGUUUAUGACUUGACUAAGGUGAAGUUAAAAUAUUGUGGUGUCCAUUUUAACUCUCAGGCAAUUGCUCCAACCAUAGAACAAAUUGAUCAGUCAUUUGGAGCAACACAUCCAGGAGUGUAUAAUUCAGCUGAGCAACUCUUUCACCUCAAUUUCAGAGGACUGUCGUUUUCUUUUCAGUUAGACUCCUGGACUGAAACUCCCAAGUACGAGCCUAACUUUGCCCAUGGUCUGGCCUCUUUGCAAAUCCCACACGGAGCAACUGUGAAGCGGAUGUACAUCUACAACGGGAACAGCCUGCAGGACACCAAGGCCCCCUUGAUGCCCCUCAGCUGUUUCCUUGGUAAUGUGUAUGCUGAGAAUGUUGAUGUUCUGAGAGAUGGAACUGGACCCUCAGGUUUACGGCUUCGCCUACUCACUGCAGGCUGUGGCCCGGGUGUUUUAGCCGAUGCCAAGAUGCGGGUGUUCGAGCGGUGCGUGUACUUUGGUGAUUCCUGCCAGGACGUGCUGAGCACCCUGGGCUCUCCACACAAAGUCUUCUACAAGUCUGAAGAUAAGAUGAAAAUCCAUUCGCCCUCGCCCCAUAAGCAGGUCCCAUCAAAGUGCAAUGACUACUUCUUCAAUUAUUUCACACUUGGAGUGGAUAUUCUAUUUGAUGCAAACACUCACAAGGUGAAGAAAUUUGUCCUGCAUACAAAUUAUCCUGGUCAUUACAACUUCAACAUUUACCAUCGCUGUGAAUUCAAGAUUCCCCUGGUCAUAAAGCGAGACAGUGCUGAUUCACAGACUGAAACAUGUACAACAUACAGCAAGUGGGACAGUAUUCAGGAUCUUCUGGGGCACCCUGUAGAAAAGCCAGUGGUACUUCACAGGUCAUCAUCUCCGAACAACACUAACCCAUUUGGGUCAACCUUUUGCUUUGGACUGCAACGAAUGAUCUUUGAGGUGAUGCAGAACAACCACAUAGCUUCUGUUACUCUGUACGGCCCGACGCGGCCCAGCGGGCAGUUGAGACCAUCGGACCUUCCCCAGUGAGCAUCCCCUGCAGAGCCAGCUAAUCUCAAUGCUACAAUAUUAGUACAGCGUGCCUUGAUUUGCUGCCACUUAUACUAUGGAAAGCCCGUUCUGAUUUUGAUUUUUAGUUUCUUUUCAAUGAGCCUCUCCACCCAGGGGCGGCGUGGAGGGGGAAUUUCUCUCAACCCUUCAUCAUAGGGCAUGGAACUGGUGGUGGAGGAAAGCAGCUUUAGGUGCCUGUGCCGUUGUGUUUCCCUCUCUGUUGCCCUCAUCCUAUGCAGCACAGACCUGGAGAGACUGUCCCCCCCCCCCUUUCUCAGCUGGCAGAAGGGGGGGAAAUGGAAGAGGGAGGGGGCACAUAAUGACUGCAAGAGUUAGAAGCACAAACUUUCUGAGCCUUGGAGCAUCUGGAAGCAGGUAUUGAUUUUUUUAGUCUGUUUGUGUUACUGUAUUGAUGUGGUGGUCACAUUUUAAGAAGACAUGUGUGUGUAUAUAUCUAGAUAUAAACACCUCGGUAUUUCUGUGGCUUAGGACAUUGUACCAAGUGUGACAAGGAUGUAUAUAUGUCCAUGAUUUCAGGCACCACAUCUUUGUGUAACUUUAAACCAAGCAAGUAGCAUGUGCAUAAUACUUGGUUGUAACAUUUGCACUACAUACACUUUAAAUUACUUGAUAAACAUUUUAUCUUCACUGAGGAGCAUCUGUGUACUGGGUGUGAGUGGGGUGUGAUGGUUUAUUUAAUGUACGCUGAGCAGAAAGCUUAUUUAUACAGUGGAUCCAAUUUAUCCACCUUCCUGCACUAAUAUGUACUUGAUAUGCUGAAACAAUUUAUUAUUUUUUUUUUUUUUUUCUGCCAUGGCUGGUUUACUAAUUUUGUAUUUUAUUUUUUUCAUAUGCAGUUUCAAAAAAUAAUUCUGGAAGAGGUUGUUUCUAUGGUUGAAUUGUGUUCUAGUGAAAAGGUUUGAUAAUGGUAUUUUUUUGUCAGACUACAGACAAAUUGAGCAAAGAAACAGCAUUGCCUCACUUGCCUCUCUUCCCAAAUCCUUUAUUCCUACUCUUGUUUCCUUAGAAGAAGAAAAGCUGUACAUAAUGGUAUCUCAGAAAGAAACUCCCGAGCUCUGCCAUCACCAAGAAAACCUUUUUUCUGGAACUUUUGAUGUAUGAUGUUUAAUUUAUGCCAAAGGUUUAGCCAAAGACAUCCUUAGUGUAGUGUCACCAUUUCUGUACAUAAAUGCUAACUGCACGCCCCACCCCAGCAGACAGGAUUUAGGCUUCUUUCUAGUUGGGAGAUGCUGCUCACAACAUUUUUAUCCCAGGAGGAUACUUUAGGUUUCUAGUUCUCUUACCAGUCUUACUUGGGGGAAACAGGUGGUCUGUCUUUGAAAAUAUUGAACCCUUUUUAAAAAAAAAAAAAAAAAAAAGGACAAGAGAAAUGUAUAAUUUUAUCCCAUUUUUAAUAUUUUGGUGUAGCAACUUGUGAUACAUAGAUGACAAUUUUGUGAGUUUUACUAUGUGUGUACAGAUUUUGUAAAUAUGACAUUUUUGUAAUUUUAACUCCAUGUACAGUGUAAUCCUGUAUAGUUUAUCAAUGAGUGAGAGAUAGGAAAUCGAAUGUUAACUGAAGUUUUGGAUCCUGGACCAGUAGCAGGGAUAAAUGUGGUGUGUGUGUGUGAGAUGUUCUUUGCCAUUUAGUCUUCCUGUAAACUGUGAUACUCUCAACUGUUUUGCUAAAACAAACAAAACAAAAGAAAAGCCCCCUGGAGAAUCUAAUGGAUAAGGAAAAAGUUACUGUUUACCUUUAUCCCUAGGUGUCACUCCUGUUGAAUCCCUGUUCAAUCUGUGCUGUCUCCUGUGAUCAUUGCUUGCUAAGAAAAUUCUAUGCCUCAACCUUCCUUUUGUUUCCUCUCUUAAUUUUAAUUUCAUUUUACGUAGCCCUCCUGUAAAUUAAAUGGAAUAAUAAUGAGCAUGUACACUGAAAGAAAAAUAAAAUGAGACUCUCAGUUACUGUUUUUGUGUUAAA